AUGUCGUCGAUCGCGAGCGCGCUCGCCGCGACGGCGCCCGCGCGAUCCAAUCGCGCGUCCUCCUCCGUCUGUGCGACCGCCGCUAGGGCAUCGUCGUCGUCCGCGAGGAUGAUGCCCGCGCGCGUCGUCGGGGCGUGGCGUCGCGCGAGCGCGACGACCGGAGGUCACGGGAUCGCGGCGCUGAGGAAGCGUCGCGCCGGUACCGGCCGCGGCCGCGCGCUGACGUUGCAGACCCGCGCGCGCGUCGCCGGCGGCGACCCGGGGGACACGCGCCUGGGCGCCACCUACGCGGACAUCGCGCGCUCGUUCAGAGACCAGGUCAAGAAGAACUUCAACUACCUCCCCGUCGCGUUGAUAUGCCUCCUCGUCGGGUUCUCCAUGUGCGCGUACUUCCCGCACCCGGAGUCCCCCGGCGACGCGGUCAUCUGCCUCACGAUCAUGUUCCUGAGCGAGUUCUUGUCGAGCGUGUUGUACUCCCCGAAGCGGCCGCGAGGGAUGUUGAAGUGGCUUCGCGAAGGGAGCUUCAUCCCGCUGGCGCUCAACUGCUUCAAGAUCGGCGUGUUGUACGGGCUGUGCUGCGACGCCUUCAAGGUUGGCUCGUGA